AUGGCUUUCACAAUCAAGGUCCCCUGCUCAUCGGCGAACAUAGGUCCAGGAUUUGAUGUGAUCGGCCUGGCGCUUUCCAUCUAUCUCGAGCUGCACGUUACGACGACAAAUACCACAGCUAAGAUCCCGCUCAAUUGCGCCAUCACAUAUGAAGGCGAAAGUGAAGGGGAGGUUGACUUGGACCCAGAAGUCAAUCUUAUAACGCGCGUUGCUCUUUAUGUUCUUCGGUGCCAUAAUCAACGCGCUUUUCCCGUUGAAACUCAUGUUCACAUCAAAAAUCCGAUCCCACUAGGACGAGGGUUAGGUUCCAGCGGGGCAGCGGUUACUGCAGGAGUUAUGCUAGAACGUCAUCCUGAUAAUGUUACGGCAGCGCUUUAUGGGGGUUUCGUGGGAACCUAUCUGAACGUGCUCAAACCUGAGGAUUUAGCUUGGAAAGAAAUCCCGUUGAGUGAAGUUCUACCAGCACCAGCUGGAGGAAUUGACACAGGCGCGAAACCGCCGGAACCACCCAUCGGUAUUGGACAUUACAAGAAAUUCCCUUGGUCCCCACGGAUCAAGGCCGUAGUGAUUAUACCUAAUUUCGAGCUUUCCACGGCGAAAGCCCGUGAGGUUCUUCCAGAGAUGUACUCAAGAGCGGAUGUCGUAUUUAACCUCCAACGAGCCACUCUUCUCCCUUCGGUCCUCAGUCAAUCUCCAUUAGAUCCAGACAUGAUCUACCUUGCAAUGCAGGACAAAGUUCACCAACACUACCGAAAACAUCUAGUACCGGGACUCACUGAAAUCCUCAACUCAAUGAAUCCUUCCACCCAACCCGGACUGUUAGGGAUAUGUCUCUCUGGGGCAGGCCCCACGAUAUUGGCCCUUGCUACUACCAAUUUCAAUCAGAUCGCGGAGCGCAUUAUGUCGAAAUUUAAACAACAUGGUAUCACGUGUCGAUGGGAGGUGUUAGAGCCAGCCGAAGAUGGGGCGAUUGUUGAAAGAAAGAAAGAAUGUAUAGAGUGUGAGACUAACGAGCGGAACCCGACCGUAUAA